UUUUUUUUUUCAGCACUAGUAACUGUAGUUGUGGGAAAAGAAAGUCAAGAUCUUCAUUCAACAAAGAAGUAUUAUGAUGAUGUUGAAAACGUCCGACAGCUUGAACUUAAACUGAGUAAUCCUACGAAAGGUUCGUUGAUGGAAAAAAAAUCAUUUGAUGACGACCUUUUAAUCCAUUCCAACCUUCGAAAAAUUAGAGAAUCAGAGCAAUCACUUGGAUAUCGUCCUCUCACAGGAUCCUAUGCACUAUCACACUCUCAAAAUUUUGCGACGAAAAAUAGCAGACCAAUACAAAGUGAUGUCCAUUAUGAUAUUCGUAACAAUAAAGAAAGCUAUACUGAUCAGGAAUAUCAACGUGAAUUAUCAUACGUUCUACCAAACUAUCCAUUUAGGAUAUCAGACUUUUCUCAAGAUAAUGCUAAAGUUCAAUCUUCAAGUUACGAGUCUCCGACCAUGUUCCAUAACAUCAAGAAUUCUGAAUAUGCUACACUAGCAGAUAAUCCGAGCUUAGAGAAAUUUAAAAAAAAAGUAGAUCCGGUACCUUUAAAGUAUGAACAAGAUACUAAUGGAAUUUUUGUUCGAAGCAAAUUAGAUCACUCAAGAGUUUUUGAUCUUGGUGAUUUAAGGAGUCAAAAAUCAUUAAAUAAAUUGUAUUAUCGCAACCCAGAGUUCCAACAAUACCAUGUUGAAUUAACUAAUCAGAAACAAUCGAAAACUAAUUACUUUGAAACCGUGCAAAAUAAUAAACCUGUGCAGCUAAAUAAUUUACACUCAGUAUCGCAUAUAUCUCCAUCCAAGUAUAUAAGUUCCAAUACAAAACCAAAAAAUAUUGAGAGCCAUAAUUAUAGUCAGAGCUCUGCACAGGCACAAGCAGAAGCUCAAGCUUUAGAAUUCCAAAAAAUAUCUCAUUCUGCUCAUCUCGAACAUCAACGGGCAGCACUCCACCAGAUUCGUUUAGGAAUCGAUAGACAUAAUCAACAAACCGCUCUUGAACAAAUUAAUCAAGGUCAUUUAAGCGAUGCUGGCAAGAAAUUUGUUGAAAAAAACUUCCAAGUUUCAGACCCUGAGCUGAUCCAACAAGCACAGUUUACAAAGCGCAUAUCAGAGCAAGUUGCGGAAACUCGCCAAAAUCAAGAAGCUAGUGAGUAUAAAGCUCAUUCAGAUGCGAUAAUUGCACUUCAGAAACAACAAGCUGCUCACCUGAAAGCUCAGGAAGACGCACAUAUUUUUGCUCUGAACUUCGAACAGAAUCAAGUAAACGCACAAGCUAAAGCACAGGCUCUUGCCAAUGCUCAAGCGGUGAUAUUGUAUAAAGCUCAUCGUGCUGCACAUGCCAAAGCUCAAAAUGAAGCCAAACUUGUUGCGCAGGCGCAAGCUAGUGCUAGAUAUCAUGAUCCUGAACAUACUCCUGUAAUUCAAUAUUUAUUACCACAAAUGCAAUCUCUUCCUGAUUUGAGAAGCCAGUUGUCCCAAUGA